AUGAAUAGCGCCUCAGCAAGCAAUUGUGUUAAUAGUACAAUUAUUACUUACAUGGAUAUGUGCAAUAACACAAACAUAACUGGUGACAAGGAAGAGGAGAUCAAAUGUUUGGGGGUUGCACCCAUACACCCUUCAGUCUUGAUUAUUUACAUAAUUGUGAAUAUUGUUUUCCAUUUAACAGCCACAUUCUCGAAUGGACUAUUUCUCCUAGUUAUGUGCAAGAAAAAGAUGAAAUUAUCACCAACUGGUAUAUUAGUGAUGAAUUUGACAAUCGCAGACUUAUUCAAUGGACUAAUUCUAGUUCCAAUGAUGAUGUACACUCGAUAUUUUGUUCCACUCUAUGACCAGUGGGGAAUUCUGUAUGAUAAAGAAGAGACACAAAGAGCUCUCUGCUUUGUGCCUUUACUACUUGGAACAAUUACUUAUGUUGUAUCUUUUACCCUUCUUGCAGCCAUUUCCCUAGAGAGGUUUGUUGGAAUGAUGCUUUAUAAGUCGCUGGAUAAAAAAAGAGCUAAAAUCAAAGCAAUUUUUGGAGGUAUAAUAAUAUGGAUAUAUGUGUCUGUACUAUUGAUAGCAUUGUUUCCAAAAUCCUUUAAGUAUGAACAAAAUCUGGGUUGUCAUUUAACAUUAAGUGUAUCCUCCUCCCUAAGAGAUAUCUUGAAACCACAUUUAGUCAUUCCAUUGAUUCUUUGUAUUAUUUUCUACACUGCUAUAUUCUUUACUAUCAAAAAGCAUAGGAGGACUGUAAACAUUGAAACACAUAAUAAUCCAGUAAACAACAUGACUCAUAUUCAUGAGGCAAGAUGGGUGAUGACCAUUUUCCUGGUUAUUGUUGUUUUCUGUGGUACAUGGGUUCCAUAUUAUAUAGCAACUGCAUACAUAGAUCAUGAGGAAUGUAUGGUUUCUUGGAAAAAGAAUGUAUUGUACAGUACGUCAACUCUUGCCCAUAUAAGCUCUGUAAUAAACCCAUGGAUUUAUACAUACAGGCAUGCUGUCUAUAGGAAACAAGUCAGAAAAUAUGUACAAAAAAUAAGACAGUUUAAAUGUUGCACAACACAAGACUCAUAAUUAUUAAAAUAUAGCUGCACGCUAGGUUUCUUUACAGUUUUUGAUCCUUUACCUUUGGCAUUUGUGCUUGGAUAUUUGAAGCUUCAAAAUAUCCUAGCUUUGUAUUGUUAAAUGAUAUAUACACACACUGUGCUCAAUGGCUAUGUGGCUGAUUAAUUUAGAAGCACUUGUUGGUUGCAU